AUGAGGGAUUUGCUGCGCUUCAAAAAUCCAAGGAGUUAUAAUAUGACAUUUGGUGGUAAAACAGUUGUUUUCGGUGGCGAUUUCAGGCGGAUUUUACCAGUAAUUCCGAAGGGUACCAGACAGGAUAUUGUCCGGGCAAGCAUUAGCUCCUCAUAUCUCUGGAAAUUCUACAAAGUAUUUAGGCUAACUAAGAAUCUACUCCUCAGAAGUGUACAAUCACAAAUCGAGGGUAAAGAGAUCGAGGAGUUUGCAAAAUGGAUAGCUAAUAUAGGUGACGGAACUGUUGGUAGUCAAUGUGAUGGUGAGUCAGAUAUUACAGUUUCAGAACAUUUAUUGCUGAAGUGCGAUGAUGACCCUAUUGCUACAAUUGUUGAUAGCACCUUCCCUAAUUUUAGACUAGGGAUUGACGAUCUGUCAUAUCUUAAUGAUAGUGCAAUUUUGGCUCCAACAUUGUAUGUGGUAGAUAGCAUUAACCAGUACAUGAAUGAUCAUAAUCCGGCUGAGGGUAAGACUUACUUUAGUUGUUAUUCUGUUUGUAAGUCAGAUUCAAAUAUUGACAUGUUAGCAGAUUUGCACACUCCCGAAUUCUUGAAUGGCCUGAGAUGUUCUGGAGUACCAAAUCAUGUUUUGACAUUGAAAGUUGGGUCACCUGUUAUGCUCUUGAGAAAUAUUGAUCACACACUAGGAUUAUGCAACGGUACAAGGUUGAUUGUUACUAGGUUAGCUGAUCACGUGUUGGAAGGCAAGAUCAUGUGCGGUACAAAUGUAGGAACAAGAGUAUUAAUUCCUAGAAUGUCACUUACACCGUCUGAUCCAAGAUUAUCUUUCAAAUUUCAACGGAAGCAAUUCCCGUUGAUGCUAUCAUAUGCCAUAACAAUCAACAAAAGUCAAGGACAAACACUUUAUAAAGUGGGAUUGCUGUUGAAAAAACCUGUCUUUAACCAUGGACAAUUGUACGUAGCUGUUUCAAGAGUUAGUAGCCCAAGGGGUUUGAAAAUUUUGAUUUGUGGGAAAAAUGUAUCAUGUCUUAGUACGACUAAAAAUGUUGUAUACACCGAAGUCUUCAACAAUGUCUAA